GCAUUUUACCUUGACCUUUUAGUCACAACUCAGGUAUUCGUAACCGAAAACUAGAAAACUCUUACAGAUGUUUUCAUAAAAUGCUGGUAUACCUAUUGCUUCUGUCUGUCCUGGUGCAGACAGGAUGGACACAAACAAGAGACACUGUUAUAACAAACACUGAUGGAUACAAGAUGGAUAGAGCCCCCACCUUCCUGGUGGUGGCGCCAAAAAGAAUCAGGCCAAGUAUGGUCAUUCAAGUCUUUGUGACUAUUCUGCGUCUAGAAUAUCAGCAAGUUAAUGUAAAGAUAUCCGUGGUUGAAGGAAAAGUGAUGUAUGCAGGAUCGGAAUUAAUGUUCGAUCGUCCAGGAAGCAGAAUAAUGCAAAUGAGGAUGCCUGGCAAUGCUCAAGAAGGAAAUUAUAUUUUAAGAGUGGAAGGCAGUGAAUAUGGAAGUAAUAGUGGGAAUAUAUUUUUCAACGAGACCAGAUUAGAAUUUAGCCCUAAACAGGCUUCAUUGUUGAUACAGCUCAGUAAACCUAUUUAUAGACAAAGUCAGACAGUGCAUUUCAGAGUGGUACCAAUCUUACCAAAUUUAAUGCCAAAAUAUGGGAGUAUGACCAUAUAUGUUCAUGAUCCAACAGGUUUUCCUGUAAGAAGAUGGUUGGCUGUACAGACAAAUGCAGGAGGUCUUGUUAGUCAGAGUUUUGAACUGUCAGAUCAGCCCAAUUAUGGUAAUUGGUCCAUAGUUGUAGAUGCAUUUGGAACAAGAUACAACCAGUACUUUUUAGUAGAAGAAUAUUGGGAUCCAAGAUUUGAUGUGAAUGUAACAGUCAAACCAUAUAUUAUGGACAAUCAGAGAACCAUUGGAGGAAUUGUAAAUGCAAAUUUUACCACUGGUCGCCCAACAGAAGGAAAUGGAACAGUUGUUGUUAGUGUAUACCCACCAAGUUCACUUUGUUACCAGAAUCCUACAGUAUAUUACAACAAGUCUGAAAUAACUCCUGUCAUGUUACGUCAAGUUUACCCUUAUGUAAAAGGACCAAUAUUCUUUGAAUUUAACAUGGAAGAAAUACGACGGGAAGUGAGAAGGUUUUACCCACAGUGUGUCACAUUAGAGGAUUUUGAGUUACAGUUUAAUGUCAGUAUUUAUGACUGGUUCUUUAUGAUGACGGAGGAAGGCUACGCUAGUACUGUAAUAUUCAGUUCCAGGAUAAGGUUACAGUGGGUUGGAGAUAUUGUCAGGACGUUUAAACCAGAUUCUACUCUGAGUAUUCAGGUGGCAGCAAUGCAUUAUGAUGGAACAGCAGUUAAAUCUGCGAAACCUAUUCACUUUACAGUAAAUCCUAUAUCAGGUGCUACAGGUGCAGUUGCCUCACCAGCACCAGUAACACCAACAAAUGGAAUAGCAGAAAUUAAUAUAGCUAUAACAGAUAAUGGCAUAACAGGCCUGGAUAUUUUCGCAAGAUACAAUAAUGAGCAAAAUACAGAAAUACAGAUGAAGACAACUCGGUACUACUCGCCAAGUAACAGUUAUAUUACUGUUUCCACAUCUACAAAGAAUCCUAGUGCAAAUGAAUACAUGAUAUUCCAUGUUAGAACAACUAACUAUAUUCCUAGAAUUUACUACCAGGUUAUUGCCCAAGGAAAUAUCAUCAUUGGAGAAGAAUUAGAAAUGAUUUCUAGGAGGAAGUCGUUUGCUAUAGCUCUGUCUAGAGAAAUGGUGCCUACAGCAAGAUUAGUGGUGUACUAUGUCUCAGGACAGCCAGAAGAAAUUGUCAUGGACAGCAUCAGUUUCUAUGUCAGUGGGCUGAGAGCUAAUCCAGUUAAAGCAGAGGUUAACCUUGGUAAAGAUUUUACCAGAGAUUCUGUAGAGAUUCGAGGAGAAUCUGACCCUGGAUCUUAUAUGGCCUUCUCUGCAAUGCCUCUGGAUAUCUACAGUAGAGGAAUCAAUGAUGGACUCACAGAAUACAGGUUGAUUGAUGAGUUAAAUUCCUAUGAUGGAGACAACAGAAGAGCAUGGCAACACUUGUGGAGAUUGAGUGAGACAGAGUUUGAAUAUAAAUUUUUCACUUCUACUGGACAUGGAGUUGAUACAACCACUACCCUUUCUCAAUCUGGUUUGGUAGCUUUGUCUGAUGUCACGAUCACCAGAGUUGUUAAUCCCUGUAACUUCACAAGAGAUGGCAUGUUGCCUUGUUUUACUGGAGAAUUGUGUUACAGUGUGAACAAGACAUGUGAUGGAAUACCACAAUGUAGUGACUGGGCUGACGAACAAAAUUGUCCAGUUGAGGAUCCUCGUUACAACAAUAGAACUGAGGGAAUGAUACACAGAGUUAGCAGAGUUUUAAGAUUUUAUGAAGACAGUGCAUGGGCAUGGAAAGAGUACUUUACAAAACCAGACAGGAAAGUUCAGUUCAGGGUAAACCCUCCAAAAUACCCACUAACCUGGAUGAUAAAUGGUAUUGCUGUUAGUAGGAGCUUAGGACUAGGAGUAAUGAGCUCACCUAUAAGGUACGAUGCCUCUAGAUUUAUGUACAUGAUAGUAGAAGCCCCAGAUAUUGUGGUCCGUGGUGAGCAUGUCGGUGUUAGAGUAACAGUAUUCAACUACUGGCCUGGUGAUAAUUUCAUUGAAGUUUUAGUGACAAUGAAAGGAUCUAAGUACUAUGAUUCAUUACUUGUCGGUGAUGAAGGAUAUGUUGAUUCCAGAAAUCCAUUGCGGCACCCUGGAGAUCACCAGACUAUCGUAUUUUUGGAACCUGGAACUUCAAAGGAUAUUUUUAUGCCUAUUAUGCCAAACAUAGUCAUGGGCAGCUUUAACAUCUCUUUAGAAUGCUGGUCGUUUAUGGAUAGAGAUUUUUUCCACAAGACUAUUUAUGUUAAGGCUGACGGUGUAGAGAAUUAUUAUCACACCCCAUAUUUGAUUGAUUUGAUCAGAUACAGUUCUAUCAAAAUCCCAGAAUUGAAAGUAAAUGUUUCUGACAAGUUUAUUGAACCUGAAGUCAGAGAGCAUCUGUAUGUUCCUGGGUCAGAAAAAGCUGUCCUCACAUGCUUUGGUGAUGUUGUAACCCCAGGAUUCUUCACCCAGUUCCCCACAGCAGAAGACAUCAUGCGCAGGCCAUAUGGUGGUGGUGAAAUGAACAUGUUUAACUUUGCGUACAAUCUAAUUACUCUCAAGUUCAAGAAAAAUAACCAACAACUUCCAAAUGACAUCUUGAGAAGGACACUUGGGUACAUGAAUAUUGCUUUACAGAGACAGUUGAGCUACAUGAAUGAUGAUGGAUCAUUUAGUAUGUUUAGGGAUGAUGAGAGUCCUAGCAUAUGGUUGACUGCAUUCGUUGCCAAAACCUUUCAGGAUGCUAGAUUUGGAGAAUGGGAGAAAGACAUGUUUAUCCCUAUUGAGCUGUUAAACAAGAUAGCUUUGUAUCUCUGUAGUCAGCAGAACAAUGUCACUGGUGAAUUUAUGGAAGAGAAAGCUCCUAUUUAUGACAGAACUUAUGGACAUCUGAAAGAGAUGAAAACCCAAAUAUUAAUGGGACAUCCAGUGCCCUUAACAUCUUAUGUUCUGAUUGCCCUUAAGAAAUUGAAAGAUGCUUCAGGGGAUGCACAGAGUUGUAUUACAAAAGCAGCAAAUAGAGCAUCAGAGUAUUUGUCCAAGAGAGCAACAGAAAUCGCUGAAUCCAAGGAAGUAUUUCAUAUAGCGAUAUCAGCUUAUGCAUUGUCCCUUACUGGAAAAAACAGUCAGACAUUAUAUAAUGAACUGAUGAGUCAAAAACGAUCAGGUAAAGAAACAUAUUUCGCUGAUGAUGUAGUGCGGGACAAUCCAUCAACCUUUAUAAACACAGUCCGAUACCUUCUACCAAGACUGCCUCUGGUUAAUGAUGGCUAUGCUGUUCAGACUACUGCUUAUGCCUUAUUAGCUUACAUGAAUCAUGAAAAAGAUCAACAGGCCAGUGGCGUUAAGCAGGAGCGUGACUCUAUGAUGAGGUGGCUUCAGUUUAUGAGGAAUUAUUUUGGUGCUUUUGCAUCCACUCAGGAUACACUGGUUGCUAUGGAAGCGCUGAGUGAAUUCACUAGGAUAGAUCCAAACCGAAAUGUCUUCAACAUGCAAAUACAGUUGCAGUCGUCUGCUACUCAUGGAUGGAUGAAAUACCUUUAUCUACUAAAAGAUAAUUAUACCAACCUUGAACAGGCAUCAAUUCCAAAUGUAUAUGGUCAAGCCUCAGUCACUGCUUUAGGUAUUGGGAGAGCUAUGUUGCAGCUCACAACAACAGUAAAUGUAGAAUGGGAAGAGAAAGUUCGUGAAACUGUUGACUUUCAAACAUUCUACGAUCUCUAUCUAGAUGAUGAACCCAAAUUUAGUGGCAGGAAUAAUUCCAUCUUGACUCUACAUCCUUGUGUCAGUUGGGUGUAUCAAACGAGAAGUAAACAAGCAGGACUCAGUGUGUUAGAGAUAGACGUACCCUCUGGUUAUGUGGUGAUGAAUCAUACCCUGAGGAAUAUAGUACGACAAGGAGUACCUGCUAAUCUGAAGAGAGCAGAGUACUAUGCAAGGAAAGUUGUCCUGUAUUUCAGCUAUUUGGAUAACAGUAAGACUUGUGUGAAGUUUGAUGCCUACAGAUGGUACCCUGUAGCUAACAUGACUAUUCAGAACAGGAUGAGAGUGUAUGAUUACUAUGAACCAGGAAUGCACAGGACAAGAUUCUACACAACUUAUGAUUUAUUCAACUUGAAUAUUUGUUACGUAUGUGGAUCGUACCAGUGUCCAUAUUGUCCAUUCUUCAAUGUAGCAACAGUGAUAAAGGCAACAUUUACAACGAUAACACUUUUCCUUGGAUUUAUCGUAAAACAUUAUCUAUCAAGAGUGACUUAGCAGUGACUUAGUCCCUAUUCAGAAUGUCUUCUCAUUGUUAUUGUUUUGAAUAUUGAUAUAUCUCAGAAAUUUACUGUUAUGCAUAGAAAUAUAUGAAAAAGACGACAUUAUGUACAUAUAUGAAUUCAUCAUUUCUCAAACUGUCUAUUCAUUAUAAUUCAUUGGACACUUUUUUUUUGUUGACUUCAUCAAAUUAAAGUUGAAAUCAUUUAUUUGUUUAAUAACUCUGUGAUUCAUACCAAAUGUUAUGCAAUGGAAGAAUUUUUGUGAAAUCAAAGGUUGCUAUAUUUGUGUCUUUAUUUAUACAUUUUGUGUUAAUGAUUUAAGACUCAUUUAGUCCCUUAGACAAUUAGGCUAAACUUUUUUAUGGCUUGCAUAUAUAGGUGAAAUUAAAUGUAAAAUGUCAAACACACUCCAUCUGAAAUUUUCUUUCUUUUACCUGAUCAAAAUAUUUUGUUCUUCAAAGUUUGGAAUCAGAAUUUUUUUUAGUUUAGAAAAUAACCUUAACCCUCCCCUCUUCAGAGUUCAAUGGUAGUUCCCUAAGGUUAUUUUUAAAAAUGAGCACAAAAUAUGCAUAAUUGUAGUUGUGGGAAAUUUGUAUAACCAAGAUAUUGAAUAUACAUAUGGAAAUCUAGAAUUCCUAAAGAUGUACAUAAAUGUUUUCUUCUAUAUGCCUUAAUCAAAUACUACAUUGCAUGAUUGGUUAUGAUUUUACAUUUGUCAAUUAAAAGUUAAUGAUAAGUAUCAAACAUAUCAUAUCCUUGUGACAUUCCUUUUUUUACAAGCAUUUGAAAUUUUCUAUUUUGAUAUUUGUUAAAUGGAUGUAUUUUGAAGUCAUUGAAAACAUAUCACAUUUCUUUUGUAUAUGUCAUUUUAUAUUGUACUUAUAUUAGACAAUAUAUGAUAAUCAAAAGUGAUUUUUAAGCAUGAAAUCUCUUUAACAUUCCAAACAUUCUGAACAUUCCCUUAUUGAGAGAAAUUUGCUGCAUAUCUAAAAUUAUGAAUUAUAUAAUAAACUCUUUUAUUGGAUACAAAAAUAUUUUGAGAGCAGCCAUUUAUCUUUAAUGGUCUCUGUUAUGAAAAACAUAGUUGAUCUCCUCACCAGAGACCACAAUUCCAUUGCUGAAAUGUUGAUCUUGUGCGAAAGGGCAAUUUUUUUACCAAGGUUGUACCUUUAAUAUUUUUUAAUGUUGGUCCUCCUGACAAAACAUUAUUUCCCCUAAGGUAACUCCGUCAUAAUGUAAGAGACGCAGCAUUGUUUUUAUUGGUUGUGUCAUAACUUUUUUUUCUCUUUUUAAAUGGUCAUACAUGUGCUGAUUAAGUGAUUACAAAUAACACAAUUAUCUAUAUUUAUGUUUGAGGAUUACACAUUUUGUAUAUAUUGUAGAUAUAAUUUUGUAUAUAUUAAACAUUUAAUCAUUUGAAUGAGACAGGUGAACUUUAAAAAAAAAAAAAAACUGUACCAAAGGUACCAUCUGACUGAAUACUAAAAGACUUUUUCAUGAAUGAAUUCAAAUGCCUUGAUUCGGAAUAAGUAUGUCCCCUGAUCAGUCUUAAGUUGUUUUUUAUGAAAAUUUUGGCACUAUAACAAAACAGGAUAAAAAUGUACUUUGUCUUUAAUUUUUGUGGUGUGCUCUCCCCUCAUUUUAUGUAUUUUGGAAACAAAAUGAAAUUUGACUGCAAAAAGGUAAUGGCAUUACCACAGAAGAGCAAGUUGGUACAAAAUUAUGAAGGUUUCUGCUAAUUUUGAAUUGUAUACCAAAAAUAUAACUAAUUUUGGUUGUAUAAUGAAUUUUUUAUUUUAUUGAGAAUAUGACAAACCACUUUUCAGUGCCAUAUUAUAUUUUUUCUUCUUUCCAUGUAUAUAUAUAUUCAUGUAUAAAUGUGCUGUAAUUUUAGAGUGCUCUCAUCAUCAUUAUCCAGACUUAUGUUUUCUAACAGUUUUAACCUUGCAAACGGUUAUCCAGAAUGAUGUGUUGUACACAUGGCAAUCAUCGUGAUAAUAAUGUGUAAUACAUUUUUGUUUACCAGGGAGAAAUUUCAUUUGUGUAAUAGCAUUUUUGAUGUCACUGUUUCAUAAUUCUGUUUCUGAAAAAUGCAAAUGGGCGUGUCAAAAUACAUGAGUACAUAAUCUGGAUAAUUUUUGUAGGAAACUAAAAAAUACAUUUGUAUCCUUUAAUUUCCAUAAUAAAAUUUUGUAGUACAAAUAUUCAGGAAGAUCACAUAUCAGCCUUUGCAAUUUGAAAUUUUAUAAUAAAUGACAUUCCAUUUUGUACAUUUUUCAUUUAUAAAAAUUGACAUUUAAUUGUUUUUAUUAUAAACUUUUAUGUAAAUCUAGUUUUGUAAUUACUAUACAUAUGUAAAAUUGUAAUAAAAAAGAUGUGUUUUUAUACAUUUAAUCAACAUUCCUUAAUAUAAUGGAAAUAAAUAUUUUAAUAAUGA